UGAAGAAUAGUCAGUUUUUGUUUUCUCCCCUGACAACAAAAGCGUGCGAGAGUGCCCCGUGCAAACUCUGUUCAUCUUCUCAGCGUCAGCGUGACUACUAAAUUUUCUCAGAAGCACAAGCCAUUCUCCGAAAACGCUUGGAUCACAAAAUUUAACAAGUUUGUUUUAGCAUGCUAUCAGAGCUCACUCUCACUCAACUGUAUAAAUUGAUGGAGAUUCAAAGAAAAAUAAUGGAUUCUGAGCUCAGCCAAAUACGACCUCCCAAGAAGGGCUCCCCUGGAACGUCUGACAGUGACAAGGGCGUGGACGUGACCUGCGAACACCCCAGAAAGAAACAUCGUCGAGGAAGGCAUCGUCGCAAAUGGAAGCCGUAUUCUUGUCUCACAAUGGAAGAAAAACGCAAGCUUGAAGCCAGAGAGGCUGCAAGAGCUUUGAAGAGGGAGGCACAACUUGCAGGGAAACCCAGUGCACCGUGGAACACCACUCAGUUUAUAAUCGAGGACCAUGGCAUCAGCGAAAUCAACAUCCCUCAGCCUCGAGUCAGCAGAACCACUUCAAUGGACAGUUCUCUAUCUGACGAUGAGUAUUACGAAAGCCCUGAGGAGGAAGAAUUUGAAAGAGGACUCUCAAUCUCUAUGGAACAAGAUUUUGAGAUGGCGUACAAAGAAGUUGCCUCGAAGAGAUUGGAGGAUAUGAGCAAGAACCAACUGAUUGAGGACUACAUCAAUCUUGAGCAGCAAUUGGGAUCAGUCAAGACUGAAGUUGAGACUGUUCGAAAUCAAUUGGAAGAAGUGGAAACUAAAAGUACUCAAUUACAAGAAGAGAACGAGAGACUCAAACUUUUACUAAUGAAACCCGAGGAACUUUCCACAUAGCUAUAGCUCUUGUAUCAUCAGUUGUGUAUAUACCCAACCCCCCAGCACAAUUCUCGUGUUCUUAAAGUGAUUGUGUUCUUAUAAUGAAAUUCAUUGUGAUGUUGACUUAAA